AUGAAGAAACUGGAAUUAAUGAAAAUCAGCGACAACUUACUGUCAAUUGUUGAUGCGAAGGUCAUUCUUAAAGGAUUAACGCAGCUUCAGAAACUAGAUCUUGAUGGAAAUCCACUUGGACCAUCCUUGCCAUCAGAUAUUUUCCUUGGGUUUGAGAAUAUGACAUAUCUUGAUCUUUCCUCCAAUAAGCUGACUCGUAUACACAAGGACACAGUGGAGGGACUCACAGAUCAUCUCAAUAACUUGUACCUUCAAAAAAACGCGCUAGAGACAAUAGGUGAUGGCACUUUGAAUCAAUUUAAAAGUCUCCAAAGAUGCUUUUUGGCUGAUAACAAGCUGACAUCUGUACCAGAUUUGACAGGUCCUAAGACUCUAGGUUCCUUACGCCUACAAGGGAAUCGGAUCACAGAUUUAUCCAGAAUUGCCACAUCUGGAAUUGGACAAGUGUUUGAGCUGUAA